AUGCGUUUCUCCAUUACCGCGGUUUCGGUCCUCGCCGCUGUCGCCUCGGCUGCGCCUGUCGACAAGCGUCAGGCACAGCAAGGCGGCAGCCUGCUCAGCGGUCUCACGAGCCUGCUCGGAAACAUUGGCGGCCACACCAACGGCGACAACUACCCCCCGAACUCUGGCGGCACGGGCGGCGUCCUGGCUGACAUGCAGGUCCUCCCGGAUCACUUCCGAUGGACCACGAACCCGCCCAGCGCGCUGAAGGAGAUUCCCGCUGCCCAGAACAGCCAGCUCCGAGAGGGACACCGCCUCGCGCAUGUCGCCAUCUACAAGGGAUUGGGUGGUAAAGAAGAAGAAUAG